AGGGGCUGUAGUCCGUUGAACUGACGGAAGUUAACGUUUGUGUGGCUAUAAAAGGUCUUCCUCCCAACUUCUUCACAAAUCUUCACUUUUACAGUCAAGAACAGAGUCGACAUGGCUUCCACAGCUCCCAUUAAGAUUGGAAUCAUUGGUGGUUCAGGACUUGAUGAUCCAGAUAUCUUGGAGGGAAGGACCGAGCGUUACGUCGACACACCAUACGGAAAGCCCUCCGAUGCUCUGAUCCUGGGGAAGAUAAAGAAUGUGGAGUGUGUGCUUCUUGCAAGGCAUGGGAGACAACACACCAUUAUGCCGUCCAAUGUGAACUACCAGGCCAACAUCUGGGCACUGAAAGAAGAGGGCUGCACACAUCUGUUGGUCACCACGGCCUGUGGCUCACUGCGGGAGGAGAUUCAGCCAGGAGACAUUGUCAUCAUCGAUCAGUUCAUUGACAGGACUACCAAGAGAGCUCAAACGCUGUAUGAUGGGCAGCCCACCAGCCCCCCAGGAGUGUGUCACAUCCCCAUGGCUGAGCCUUUCUGCAACAGAACCAGAGAGGUUCUGGUGGAGGUGGCGCGGAGCCUUGGGGUCAAGUGCCAUGUGCGAGGGACCAUGUUGAGCAUCGAGGGCCCCCGCUUCUCCUCGCGGGCCGAGAGCCUGAUGUUCCGCCAGUGGGGCGCUGACGUCAUCAACAUGACCACUGUGCCAGAGGUGGUCCUCGCCAAGGAGGCCGGCUUGUGCUAUGCCAGCAUCGCCAUGGCAACAGACUACGACUGUUGGAAGGAGCAUGAGGAGGCGGUCUGUGUUGACAACGUGCUGAAGACGAUGAAGGAGAACGCCAACAAAGCCAGCAGUAUCCUGCUGACUGCGAUACCUCAGAUUAGUCAGAUGGACUGGGCUCAGACAAUAAAGGCCUUGAAAUCGAUGGCACAAUCCUCAGUCAUGUUACCAAAACACGAAGCGUGCAGAAAAUAAUGAAGCACAAAAGGAUCCCAGACACCACCCGCACCGCCGCCACGGACAACAGAACUCUCUGCCUGUGGAUUUGUCAUCAGUGAAUCACAAGAAAAGUGCCUCACAUACAUAAUGCAUGUGCUGUGUCUUCAGCUGGAGUUUCAGUGUUCCUCUUCCUGACUCAGAACACACACAUUACGCCCCCGUCAUCCUCACCACAGGUCACUCUUUUUCUCUGGAACACACAGUUACUGUCACGUCUCCGUCAGUCCGACCACACGUUUAGGUACAACACAUGUCAAAAGACCAACAAAGAUUUUAAGUCUUCUAAAGAUUAUACUGGAUAUUAUUUUUUGUGGAUUUAUAUUUUUUGUGGUCUGUAAACAUGUAAAGUUUAUAUAUAUAAAUGUAUAUAUGCCUGUAAACCGUGUGUGUCUUUAUUGCUGUCGAUGCAGGAUACAAUAAAAAUGCUUUGAAAGUUUAGCACAUGAAUACUUUAUUACAGCCUUAGGUACGACUAAUAUAACACAUGAAUAAUACAUGUCUCGAAUGUAUCAGAUGUACUCGAGUAUAAUCUUUAAAAUGCCUGGAUACACUUCAGCAAGAUUGUGUCUUGUUAUAAAUACCGGAAAUGUUUGUAUCUUUAUAUUUUCAGAAAUGCUUUCUCUCUCUCUCUCUCUCUCUCUCUCUCUCUCUCUCUCUCUCUCUCUCUCUCUCUCUCUCUCUCUCUCUCUCUCUCUCUCUCUCUCUCUCUCUCUGUGUGUGUGUAAGUAACUGUUUUAAAUGUUUCAUGAAUUAAAACCCAACAACAUCCAGUUUAUAUAUAGUCCAGGAUCUGUACUGUACAUGCAAACUGUUUCCCAGUUGUCAAUAAAUCAGCUAACUGACAGUAUAAAGAGUCCUUUUGAGGAACUGACCAAACUAUUUACUGACACUGACAGUUUUUUUACACACUUAAAAUCUUUGAUAUACUGUAAAAAUCAUCAGCAAUCAAAAGCAUGUUUGUCUUCUCCCUUCUCUGCAUUUGCUGCACCUGAUAUGUGCAUCACAGUACACAUAUCUAAAAAUAUCUGGUACCUCGUAUUUCCUCUUUGUUGCCUCGUCUGAACAAUAUGAAUGGCUCCUGCUGCAUAAAUGACCUCAAUAAAAAGUGGAGAUUUGAAGA